AUGCCGGUAGAUAAGGCAGAAUUGGCCGAUUACCAACGUAAAGGUGUUGCUCAAGUUUGGUUCAACCAAUGGAAAGAAGAGAGGGCGGUUGAUACGGGUCCUCUCGAUUGGGAAAAGCUUAAGGUUGUUUUCCUUGAUAGGUUAUUUCCCUUUGAGAUGAGGGACGAAAAUAUACUUGAAUUCAUCAACCUCCGUCAAGGAAACAUGAGUGUGAAAGAAUAUGUUUUAAAGUUCACACAAUUGUCUAAGUAUGCUCCUACUAUGAUUGUCGACCCUAGGGAAAGGAUGAAGGAGAACUUUAGGGAAAGAUAUUGGGAGACAAAGAAGGCAAGGACCGGUGAUGGUAACUUCUCACAUUCAAGGUCCGAUGCACAUGGUCGUUCUGAAUUCCGACAAAGGUUUUUCGGUCAAGGUUCCUCCAAUGAUCCUCCUAAGUUCAACAAAGAUAAGGUAUCUAACCCUAAUCCUCAAGGACGAAAUGGUGGUGGAUCUUCAUUGUCUACUUGUGCUAGGUGUGAAAGGAAGCAUGAGGGUAAGUGUUUAGCCGACAUGGAUGGUUGCGUCUGUUGUGGUAAGAGUGGUCAUAAAAUAAGGGAUUGUCCAUCGCUUACGGCUAAGGGAAGAGAAGGUAGGCAAGCUUCUCCUAGUGGUUCGAGUUCAAGUGCUCCAAAGAAAAACUAA